GAUGACACUCCGUACUUGUCAACCGUCAACAUCCGGACAGCCGCCCGCAUCCCGAGCACAGAGUUCCCGUCGUGUAAGUUCCGUCCAAGCUGCCUACCCGGCACCCAGGGCUCCCGAAUUAAACUUCGCGGCACAGCCAUUGACAAUCCUCCCGACGACAAGCUCACGCACGCCCAGCAUGUCGCAUUCCUACAAGGCAGAGUACCCGGCCGGCGCGUCCGUCGACCCCGGCAUCGUCCAGUUCCUGCAGGACUUUUACGCCGUCUCCGACGUGCCGGGCGAGCACGACCGCUAUGUCGACAUGCUCACCGAGGACGCCACGUUCAUCAUGGCCUCCAAGAGGGCGCGAGGACGGGACGAAAUCCUGGCCGUGCGCAAGGGCAUGUGGACCGUCGUCUCGUCGCGCAGGCACACCGUCUUCAAGGUGUUUCCGUUCGCCGGGGCCGACGAGUUCAUGAUCUACGGCUCCGUCGCGCUGGGGCUCAAGAACGGCGCCGGCGUCGACGUCGACUGGGCCGCCCGGGCCGAGCUGGAGAAGUCCGCCGACGGCAGGUGGAGGAUGAAGUACUAUCAAGUGUACCUGGACACGGGAGCGAUUGCGGCGGCCAACAAGUAACACUGCGGCCUCGCCUGCACACGGAGCAUCUUGUAGCGCUAUAGAGUACCUAGUAGAUUCAAGCAUUCGUCAUG